ACCUCAAGCUCUGCUGGAUAACAGGGUCUCACUUCUCUGUUCAAACAGUGAGAGCGUCAGAAAGGGAAUGGGACAGACAAGAGACAGAGGUAGACAGAGGUGUGACUGAGUGGAAGACAGAGUCAGGGAAGCUAAUAGCGAGCUGGUCCUUCCAAUUUAUGUCUAGAAACCCAGAAAGGGCAAACUAGCGGUAGAUUUUCGUGCGUAAAAAAGAGAGUAGGCUGCCCUCUAUAUUCUUAAAUUUUACAACACUUCUCUUCCAGGCUGAACAGUUAUUCGGAGGUAGUGUCCUCUGUGGAGUUUUCUUUGUCUCCGCAAGUGACACUAAAGAGCACGGAUUACAAUGAUAAGGAUUUUAGAGGUUUGGGUCACCUCGGUAGCCAUUUCUCUGCUGGUUAAGGGGUCUCUUGGAGGUUAUGGGAUGAGUAUGUUUGCUGCCCAGUCGUCCCCUCCAGACCCAUGCUAUGAUGAGAACGGCAACCCCCGGAGGUGCAUCCCCGAUUUCGUGAACUCUGCUUUCGGGAAGGACGUGCGCGUCUCCAGCACCUGUGGAACCCCGGCCUCAAGGUACUGCGCGGUGACCGAGAAGGGUGAGGAGAGGACUAGGGAUUGCCACACCUGCGAUUCAGGGGACCCAAAGAAAACUCAUCCACCUGCGUAUUUAACUGAUUUGAACAACCCUCAUAACCUCACCUGCUGGCAGUCAGAAAACUAUGUCCAGUAUCCUCAGAACGUCACGUUCACUUUGUCAUUGGGUAAAAAAUUUGAGGUCACCUAUGUGAGCUUGCAGUUCUGUUCACCCCGACCCGAAUCUAUGGCUAUCUUUAAGUCCAUGGACUAUGGCAAAUCCUGGGUUCCUUUCCAAUUCUACUCUACCCAGUGUAAGAAGAUGUAUAACAAGCAGAAUAAGGCGGCAAUUACCAAGCAGAAUGAACAAGAGGCGAUUUGCACAGAUUCUCACACGGACAUGCACCCGCUGACAGGUGGGCUCAUUGCGUUCAGCACCUUGGAUGGCAGACCCUCGGCGCACGACUUCGACAACUCUCCCGUGCUGCAGGACUGGGUGACAGCCACCGACAUCAAGGUUACGUUCAGCCGACUGCACACGUUUGGGGAUGAGAACGAGGACGACUCGGAGCUGGCUAGAGAUUCCUACUUUUACGCGGUAUCAGACCUGCAGGUUGGCGGGCGGUGCAAGUGCAGCGGUCACGCUUCAAAGUGCGUUAAAGAAAGGGAAGGAAACCUGGUAUGCGAGUGCAAGCACAACACCGCGGGACCGGAGUGUGACAGGUGCAAACCUUUCCAUUAUGACCGUCCUUGGCAGCGCGCAACCGCAAGAGAGGCAAACGAAUGUGUUGCCUGCCACUGUAACCUGCACGCCCGGCGCUGUCGUUUCAACAUGGAGCUGUACAAGCUGUCUGGGCGGAGGAGUGGCGGAGUCUGUCUCAACUGCCGCCACAACACGGCCGGACGCCACUGCCACUACUGCAAGGAGGGCUUCUUCCGGGACAUGUCCAAGGCCAUCUCCCACAGGAGGGCCUGCAAAGCGUGUGAUUGUCAUCCAGUUGGCGCAGCCGGCAAGACCUGCAACCAAACCACCGGCCAGUGUCCCUGCAAGGACGGCGUGACCGGCAUCACCUGCAACCGCUGUGCCAAGGGCUACCAGCAGAGCCGCUCUCCUAUCGCCCCCUGCAUAAAGAUUCCAGUUGCAUCACCCACCUCCACCUAUACCAGCUCUGAAGAGCCCUUUGACUGUGAUUCUCACUGCAAGGCAUCCAAGGGCAAACUGAAGAUCAACAUGAAGAAGUACUGCAAGAAAGACUAUGCUGUCCAAGUGCACGUCCUCAAAGGAGACAAGGCAGGAGAGUGGUGGAAGUUUACCGUGAACAUCAUCUCCGUCUACAAGCAAGGUGAACAACGCAUCCGGCGUGGUGACCAGCUCCUGUGGGUGCGUGCCAAGGACGUGGCCUGCAAGUGCCCCAAGAUCAAGCUUGGCAGGAAGUACCUGCUGCUGGGCACGGAUGACAACUCCCCCGGGCAGACUGGCGUGGUGGCGGACAAGGGCAGCCUGCUCAUCCCCUGGAAGGACCUGUGGGGCCGGAGACUGAGGAAGUUCCAACAGCGUGACAAGAGGGGCAAGUGUUAAGAGGAGCCAGAGAGGAGAGAAAGAGAGGGGGCUCACCUCGAGUCUGAGGAACACAGGAGGAGGAGAAAGAAAGAGGAAACACCAGAGGGAGAGAGGAAAGAGGGAGAGGUGAAGUGAACAGAGAGAGAGAGAGAGAGAGAGAGAGAGGGGGCUCACCUCGAGUCUGAGGAACACAGGAGGAGGAGAAAGAGGAAACACCAGAGGGAGAGAGGAGAGAAAGAGAGGGGGCUCACCUCGAGUCUGAGGAACACAGGAGGAGGAGAAAGAGGAAACACCAGAGGGAGAGAGGAGAGAAAGAGAGGGGGCUCACCUCGAGUCUGAGGAACACAGGAGGAGGAGAAAGAAAGAGGAAACACCAGAGGGAGAGGUGAAGUGAACAGAGAGAGAGAGAGAGAGGGGGGGCUCACCUCGAGUCUGAGGAACACAGGAGGAGGAGAAAGAAAGAGGAAACACCCGAGGGAGAGAGGAAAGAGGGAGAGGUGAAGUGAACAGAGAGAGAGAGAGAGAGAGAGGAAGUGACUGAGUGCUGCUGCUUUGAGUGGAAGAAAAAAGAGAAUAUUAGUUUUAGAAACGUUCGUGUGAAGGAGCUCUUUUUACAGUUGCUGUUCUGUUUGUCCUUCAAGGUUUGUUUCAUUGUGGAAUUGCAGAGUUUGCACCUAAUAUUUCAGAUAAGUUACUUAUUUUUUGUUUUAUUCAUGAUACCAUUAUUUUUAUAUUUCCAGUUCAUUGCUACAGAACAUCAGAAAAAAAUCUACUGUAUCACAUUUCUGUGUUAAAAAAUAAAUAAAUAUAUAUAUAUACAUAUAUAUAUGUAUAUAUAUAUAUAUUGUUUAAAGUUUUUUCUAGCAAGCUGAGGUGGCACGGCAUGGCUUAAGGGGAAUCUCUCUCAUGUUUAAUGAGAGGCUCCUGCUUGCCAGGCCUUGUCAAGAUAAACUGUGUAAACUGCUAAGAGUGUUAACACGUUAAAUUGAUCCUUUAAACUAGGUUUUACUGUGGUUUUGGAAUAUACUUGUAAAAAUGGGAGAGAAAAAACAGAAACAAAAACAAGCCAGCUAUUGCCAGUUACCUUUCUUCUUUAAGAGCUCCUCAUGUGGUUGUUACCUCAUUAUUACUGCUAACUAUACCAUCAAAAUGAAAGUACCAUGAAGAAGUUGCUCCUCAGAUACUAGCAUUGGGAAAGAGUCUAUUAAAUGAUACAUUUCCUUGCCAUCCUGACAGUGUGGUUGUGACCUCAGCAAAAUAAAAGUACCAGUAGGCAUGAUAAAAAUAUUUUUGUAUUUAGACAGCACUCUGUUCUCAACUAGAAGAACUAAAAUAGAUGAGUUGACCAUGCACUUAAUGUUUAGUCAUUUAGUAUUCAACAGUAUUCAGAACAUAUAAGAUAUGUUCAGUGUUUAAUGGCACCUUGCAGGAUACAAACUAACAUACUGUAUGGUUCCAGAAAAAUCAAAGAACUAAUGUAUGUCCAUUCAUGAUUGUUCAAACUGAGAUCACACAUUUCACUGAUGAUGUGCUGCCUUUGGCCUUUGGUCCUGGAACCUAAUGUCCACUGUCUCUGUGUCAUUGAUUGAUGCAUUUGGUUUGCUAUCCUGUUCACGUUUGUUAAAAUACGAAGUACUGCUAGAACAUCCCUCUGAGCAUUGACCUGUUUCUGCUGGUAAAGGACUGAUCAUGGGGGGGAUUCUGAUGUCUUCAACAGUGAAUCACCUCAUUUAGUUUGAUAAGACCUAUCAAAAUGAACCUACGUUUUGUUAAAAUAAUAGAUGCAUGCUGACUACUCAGCUGACUAAGCUAACCAAAUUGUGGAUGGCAGUAUGUACAGUAUGUAUAUACUUGUAUAAAGAUACAAGCAUUAUGUUGUAAAAGAAAACCUGUGGGGUGAUGAAAUAUCACAGGAGUCAAGCUGUGUGAUCAACACACUGUGUCAGCAUCUGAUUCUCACUUCAAACCUUGCAGACAUUCCAUUUUUACUUGGUACUCAACAAAAGGGGUGACCGGCUGUUUAAAUGUUAUAUAGCUGUAUGGUUUGUUACUAUUUGUUGUUACACAUUUACUAGAUGUAUGUCCAUGUGUUAUUAACCAGAGUUUUAAAUACCAUAGGCUUAAUAAAUGGGUAGACAAAUGAAUGAGAAAGAGGCAGAUUUCUCUUGUUUACAAGUUAUGCAUACCCAGGAGUGUAUUCCAGCAGAGAGAGGCGUAUCUACAACCUGUAAUAAACAGUCCCAAAAAUAUUUGGGAAAUGCAUAACACACAAAAAUGCAAGCAGAUGCACACCUGCUCACACACAUACACACCUUUUUUAAAAACAUAUUUGUAUUGACAUUUUUAUUGCAAUCCAUUUCAAAUGUUCUUGUGCCAGUGCAUCCAUCUCUGGAUCUACACAUAUCAAAGCUGUCAGUGUGUAAAGUUAGACCAGUUUUCCACACAUUUGGAGAAUGGUACUCAGUCAUGACCAGAUAUCUGCUACAAAAAUAUAUCUGAAUGUUGCUUGUGUUCAUACUUGGGCUUGUAAAUGUUGUUUAGCUUUGUCCAUUGCAAAAGUUUGUGUAAUGUCCUGUAAUGCGUACUAAUAUAUUAUGUUUAUCACAAAUGAAUAUAUUUAAUGACACAUGAAACAAUGUGGCUUUUGUUUUGCCUGUUUUUAUUUUUGGUCACUCUUUGCUUUGGAUAAUAGACGGCUGUAAUGACAAAGUAAAAGACUGUAGCUAUUGAACAGCCUAGUAAAUCUGAAAUAAAGCUCUGUA